GCCGCUCUUACUUGAACGAACGCCCCAUUGCGAGAACGCCCCCCUUGGGUACAUACAGACAGUUCGAACCCACGAUCCGUAAACUCUCAGGCCCAGAGUCGAUCAAAGUGCUCUCGGCGUCCCGAGGUAGACAGAGCUGCCCUCUGGACAUCAUCGUUGGGCUUUUCAACGCUGUUGCUGCACUGAUUCCUUUCCCGUGCAAUGCUGUGAUGGGUUCACUGCAGGUUAUUUUCAGACGGUGGCGACGUCGCGAUCUGUGCAUCAGUGUGCUGUGUUUUCUGCGAGUGCAUCAGUUUGCAGCAGAACCGACAUUGGCCGUUGUUACAAUGCCAGGGCAGCGCGACGUACAGAUGAUCAUGCCACGUUCUCCUUCCGCAGACGAUGAAAUCGACUUGGAGAGUUCGAUGAUGCUCCCAGAGAAUGGUCCUCGUGCGCAUGCUGGUUGGUUGAACCGUAUGCUUUUGUUUCCUGCCCAGAAGUUCGCAUUCUGUUGGGUUGAUAAGAACGCGGGCACGCAAUUCAACAGGUUGUUCAAUCACUUGAAUGGAAUCAACCCUGGGAUCCUUCGCCAAAAGGAGCCAUGGUGGAAGUCCAGCAUCCUGAGCAACCCUGGAAUGCGCGCGAGAUUUCACUCCAUUUGCGGUGGCGGAUCAAUUCAUCGGCAGACGUGUCUAAAGAAAACGGCUGGCGAUUUGGGAUGUUCCUUCGCGAUCCCGCAGAGCGUUUCUUGUCGUCCUGGUUAUCGAAGUGUGUGCUCUGGGAGGAUGAUGGGCGAAUGUGCCUUGGCAGGCGCGUGCCAUCCAGCAAUCGAUCCUCUUGGGUGCCAGCGUUUGAGGAGGUUGUGGACUGGAUGCUUCCUGAAUACAUGAUGGCAACGGGCCACCUUGGCGUCUUCAACGCGCACUAUGACCCCCAGCACGUGUUCUGCGGCGGGAAACCGCUAGACGAGUACGACUUCGUCGGGGUCUGCUGCCGCGGCAUGGCCAGCCAGGUGAGAUCGAUGCUGGAAGGUGCUGCAAGUUUGCCCAAGGAUCACCCUAUCUGGUCGAUGCUGCCGCAGCUGUUUCCUGCUCCUGGGCCCGGUUCUGGAAUCCGCGGGCCUAUUCCUGGGCCUGCAUCUGAGUCUGCAAUGGGGCCUGAUCAUCUGCGCCAUCACACCGGUGCUGAAGGCUUGAUGGGCGAGUUUUACAGGGACCCGGCCACUUUUGAUAAGGUCGUCACAGCUUACGCAGAGGAUUAUAGGAGGUUCCUCUCCCGCGCUCCACAUUUAGCCAUACAUUCAAGCUGAAACUUUCAACGCGUGCGUUGUGUCAAAACUAAUGUAUAGAAAUUGUUUGAAUAAAUGCAACCGCAGUCGAUUAGUCGGACUCCACGCCUGUUGUCCGCAGAGCAUUUGCCGCGUUUCGCUGGCAUGUUUCAGCCGAGUCUCAAACGCCGCAAUUGUCUGCAUGCCCGGACAGGGGCCUUUGAGCGACAGUCCUACGAAACGAGAGAUGGUCUUCAUGGGGCAACUCGCGAGAUGUCCUCGCUGAAGAUCCCGUGCGGCGCUCCUUUGUCGUGCCGGCGGGAUCUGCUCGCGGACGCCCAUCAGGGCCACGCCCGCGAGGGCGCCCAAGACAGUUUUUGGGUAGCAUGGUUAUGCGCAAUUGUCUGUCCGUAGCGGGUUUUCGGAAGGCCUUGUCUGCAUUCUUCUGUCGGGACGACAGGGCAGCGGCUUCGUGGGACUCAGCAGUGGAUAAGUGGAGUUCGUGCUUUUUCGGCACAGUGUUUCGCAUGUUUCACUCUGCUCGCGCGCCGUCAGGCGCAAAGCUUGCGUUCGCUCGUGUCCUUCCCGCGACAGUACUUCUGCGCAACGUGCUGAAAACAGG